CAUGUGCGUCGAUAAGCGAGCUUGAAUAGAGCUUCGCAUCCUCCUCCCCAUUGUACCAGGCCCGUUUGAAUUCGACAUAGCACACAGGUGCUUCUUCUCCAAGAUGUCCCAAGGAGCAGGCCGGGAGGCCGUCUUUCCAACACGGCAGGCCCUUGGUCAGAUGAACAACAAAUUGAAGGGAGCUCAGACAGGACACAGUCUGCUCAAGAGAAAGAGCGAGGCCUUGACCAAACGAUUCCGAGAGAUCCUCAAACGAAUCGAUGAGGCCAAACGGAAGAUGGGUCGAGUUAUGCAGAUUGCUGCCUUCUCUCUGGCCGAAGUAUCGUAUGCAGUUGGAGGAGACAUAGGUUAUCAAAUCCAAGAGUCUGUCAAGACGGCCCGGUUUCGUAUCAAAACAAAACAAGAAAACGUCUCUGGUGUUUUCUUGCCACAAUUUGAAGGAUACACCAAGGACGAGAUCAACGACUUUGGAUUGACAGGUCUUGGAAAAGGAGGGCAACAAGUGCAAAGAUGUCGAGAAACCUAUACCAGGGCCGUUGAGACACUCGUCGAGCUGGCCAGCUUACAGACAGCAUUCAUGAUCUUGGACGAGGUCAUCAAGGUCGUGAACCGAAGAGUCAAUGCGAUUGAGCAUGUCAUCAUUCCAAGAACAGAAAACACCAUCAAAUACAUUAAUUCCGAGUUGGACGAACUUGAUCGAGAAGAGUUCUACAGACUAAAGAAGGUAUCGGGCAAGAAACAAAGGGACCAAGCUGCAGCAGACGCCGAGAUCAGAAAACAGAGAGAGGCACAAGCUGCAAAAGGCCAAAGCAACGAGGAACCAGAGGCGGAGUCUGCAACCCAGGACGUUCUGGGAGAACAUGAGGAUGAUGAUGUUAUCUUUUAAAGCGAUUUCAUGCGCAGGUUCUGCUGGCCACUUUAUCCACCAACGCCGCUGCAAUGUACCAAGUACUGUAAAAGUACCCAACCCGAUGUCAAUGUAUCGGGGGUAUUAAAUCCCUGGGUUGACACUUAUCGUUCUGUUCUCGUCACCCAGCCUGGCCGUAAUGAAACAAUACUAAGC